AUGAGUGGACAGACGCUGAUCAGCCUCGUCGGCUCGUACGACAACCUCCACGAGCUGACGCCGAGCUGGAACCAGAAAGUUACCAUCCUGUCAGUUGUCAUCGCCUUCAUGGCACUGUCGUGGCUCUGCGCCCUCCCUAGACUCUACGUGCGUCUCUUCGUGACACAUUCCCCUGGGUGGGAUGACCUGUUCUUGACGCUGUACUUGCUAUCAACAACACUCGGGUCCAUCUUGCUAUGUCUUUUAACCGACUGGGGCCUGGGAAAGCACUGGCUCACUCUUUCCAUCCCGACAAUGAAAGGAUAUCUUCUCAGGUUCUGGAUCGCCAACGCCUCGUAUUGCAUGUCGACGACCUUGAUCAAAAUCUCACUGCUGUUCCAAUAUCUCCGAGUCUUUGACAAGGGGCUGCUGCGCAAUGUUUGCAUCAGCAGUAUCGUGCUGGUAUCGCUCUGGGGGGCGGCAUAUUCUGUCAUGGCCUGGACUCCAUGCAUUCCCAUUCACGGUUUCUGGGACUUUUUUGAUGCCGAUGUCACCUGCUACGGCUACGGCGCCCGGACGGCGGACCAAUUCACGGCAACUUACGAAAGCCACACUGCUUUCAACAUGGUCUUCGACGCCCUCGUGUUCUGCAUCCCCGUGCCACUAUAUUUCCAGGCAAAUGCGUCAUCCAGAACGAAGAAGGGUCUUUUGGUUGUGUUCGCUAUGGGUUUAUUGGUCAUAUCUAUUUCGGCGGUGCGCCUCAAAACCAUCAUUGACCACCGCUCUACGACGUACCCGACAUUCGACCCCUCGUGGUACUCACCUAUCAGCAUGGUUUUGGCUGCCAUGGAGGUUGACAUCGCGAGCAUAUGUGCCUCUGUGCCCGUCUUUUGGCCGCUGCUACGCCUCUACUCUGCUAAUAUCUUUGUUACCGAGGAGGUUGAGAUCAGGCACGAGACCAGGCCCGGCUACUCUGUCGAACUGGACUGCCGCGCCAAGGCGGCCAGCACGACGAGCAAGCCGAGUCUUGUGGAGGAAGAAGACAGCGGGCAACAGCGCCAACGCAGCCCACAGGGCAGUGAAAUCUUCUUCUUUGAGGGGUCCAAGACUGCAGAUGUCGAGCCGAAGACUAGCAACACUACAAAGCACUACGAGGACGAAUACGUGAAAAAGCAGGUCAACCCCUUCAUAACGAAAAAGGGGUCCGUUGACAGCUGGUCCAUUGUCGAAGCGCAGGCGAGCAGCACUACCACUUCCAAAAAGAAGGGUCUGCAGACAUUUUUCUUACCAUAA